AUGGCUGCAAUUUCCAAAAGCGACCAUGUAUUGGAUCUUUUCAUGAAGCUUUUGCCACCAGCCCGUUUCGCUUACCUGCCGACUGAAAUCCUCUUCCCCAGUACGCUUUCAUUCGAGAUCGAGUACAUCACCGUCGACUUGGAUCUCAAAGUGUCCAAAUAUACAGCUUUCCAAGAAGAUUUACAGCGUCCCCGAAUCCCUACUUAUCUCGCGUCUGAAUACUCCAGCUGGCGCUCAUAUCUAUGGAAUGACAGAAUCAUUGGCUCGCCAGUCAUUGGCGCUAUAGUCUUAAAUAACGAACACGGCGUACAAAGGCUGCUCGAUCGUGGUUACAAAGUCGAUCGCACUUGCCUGUACAUUGCAGUCAUGAUCAACUCGCUCAGUAUGGUUAAGCUUAUCCUGUGUGCCCUCAAUAGCAUCAAAGGUAUUCAGGCCAAUGAAGAGAUACGAGAGCAUGGUCAAUCCCGUAUUUACGACAUCAUACAAAUCGGUUUCAAUCCAAUCAACUGGGCUGUACGCGCGAACAACAAGAAAAUGGUGCAGCUUCUUUUGCAAGCCGGCGAGCGUAUCGAUCGGGACUUUUACGACACCCGUGAGGCAAAGUUCGAUCGACUAUCACCGCUCCAAACAGCGGUAACCAUGAGAAACAUUGAUUUGGUCGCUUGGCUGAUUGGCUGUGGUGCGGAUGUCAAUGGUCCACCAUGUCCUUACGCAGGCUCUACGGCUAUUUCAGUGGCUGCCGCCCAUGGCGACCUGGCUAUUGCAAGGCUGCUUGUUGAAAAUGGCACAAGAGUCAAUACCCUGAGAAGUCCAUACAGGCGAGAGUAUCUGACAGCAUUCGAGUAUGCCCAGCAGGGCGGCCAUCACGUCGCAGCAAACAUCAUUAAGGCUCAUCGAACGUGGGAAACAUUCGAUCUAGCAAUGCUGGAAAAUAUUUCAGUAAAAUUUAGCUCCGAGGGUCAAGAGUUUGCGAAUGAAAUAUUACCCGAUGAGUGCCGGAAAGUCAUUAGCCCAAACGAGCCGUGUCUCUGUUUUGGCUGCUAUCCGCAAGAACUAGGAGAUGAAUGGUCAGACGACGAGGACACGUGGGAAGAUACUGUGGGAGAUUCUGGCGAGGAUUUAAUAGUAUUGGAAGAUGGCGUUCAAGCAGGAUCGUUGCGGCCAUGGGCCCCUGAACAUAUCAUCGGAGACCAUGAAUCACAGGGCUGGGUUUCCAGUUUUCCCAACUUUGAUGAAAUCGAUAUAGAGCCCGGACAGCGAUUUCCUACACAAUUCCUUUCGGAAACAGAGGCAUCUAUACUAGAUUCUGCCACAGCAGAGUGGGAUGAUACUCAUGUCCAACAUGCUGCGAACUCGGAGCAUCCAAGUCUGGCAGAUGGCCCACUAGCCGAGCCAAGUGUUCCAACUGUCGUCGACGAAGCACAGCACAAUUGGGUUGUCGCAAGUAGUGACCAGGAGCUAGGGCGGGAGGGAGCUGACAAUAUAGAAAGUCUGGAGCAGGAUCUCUUUGGGCCACUGGAGUUUAAUUGGGAAUUCUGA